UGAGCCGAGGAGGUUGGGCAGUAGCCUCUGCAGACCAAUAACAGCAGGAGGGAGGGCCCUGCCCUCCAGACUCCGCCCGCGCCCCAGAGGUGGGUUCCUAGGCCGCCGCCGCACCUGGCGGAGUCCGGGUGGCUUCCUGGCAGUGUUCUCGCGGCGCCGCAGAAUUAGAAAGCUGCCUGUGGAGAUUUAAGAAAUGGCAACUAAUGAAAGUGCUGGCAUCUUCAGCUCCGCCUCCUUGGCUGUGGAGUACAUAGAUUCGCUUCUGCCUGAGAACCCUCUGCAAGAACCAUUUAAAAAUGCUUGGAACUCCAUGUUAAAUAACUACACAAAGUUCCAGAUUGCAACGUGGGGCUCCCUCAUAGUUCACGAAGGCAUUUAUUUCUUACUGUGUAUGCCUGGAUUUUUAUUUCAGUUUAUACCUUAUAUGAAAAAGUACAAGAUCCAAAAGGAUAAACCAGAAUCAUUGGAAGGCCAGUGGAAAUGUUUUAAAGUGCUUCUCUUUAAUCAUUUCUGUAUCCAGCUGCCUUUGAUUUGUGGAACCUAUUAUUUUACAGAAUAUUUCAACAUUCCUUAUGAUUGGGAGUCAAUGCCGAGAUGGUACGCACUUUUGGCAAGAUGCCUGGGCUGUGCAGUUAUCGAAGAUACCUGGCACUAUUUCUUGCAUAGACUCUUACAUCACAAAAGAAUAUAUAAAUAUAUUCAUAAGGUUCAUCAUGAGUUCCAGGCUCCGUUUGGAAUGGAAGCUGAAUAUGCACAUCCUUUGGAAACCAUAAUCCUUGGGACUGGAUUUUUCAUUGGAAUCUUGCUUUUGUGUGAUCAUGUAGUUCUCCUUUGGGCAUGGGUGACUAUCCGCCUGAUAGAAACCAUUGAUGUCCACAGUGGUUACGAUAUUCCUCUCAACCCUUUAAAUCUCAUCCCCUUCUACGCUGGCUCCCGGCAUCAUGAUUUCCACCACAUGAACUUCAUUGGAAACUAUGCCUCCACGUUCACGUGGUGGGACAGGCUUUUUGGAACAGACUCUCAGUUUAAUGCUUAUAAUGAAAAGAUGAAGAAGUCUCAGAAAAAAGCUGAAUAAAUUUCUCUCUGACCUCUCCAGAGAUCUACAUUUUCCUAAAUUGAAAAUAGUAGCUAACAUUGCUUCCGGGGAGCAGAAACAAGCAUGUGUCUUGGCUGCUAAGUGAUAAAAAGAACAAUUAACAACCUUUAAUUAUCUUCCUAGUGGGAACUUUGUCUACUUCGCAUACAAGUUCUGCAUAUGUACAAAUAAAUCAGUCUAUAUUUAAGUACGGUUUUCAAUGGCUAACCGUAAGAAGAGGUUUUCAGUAAUGAAAGAAGUAUUCUCCUGUGCUCCUGUCCUCCUGUGCUACCAGAGACCUGAAGUUGACAGUGUCUUCCGACCUGUUAGAUACAUACUGUCAUAAUGGCAUUGGCCUCACCUUUGAAACUUUUUUUAGAAUUCAUCUAAAAUCAAAAUAGGAUGAACUGCAGUGGCAGUGACUGAAGCCAGCACAGCGGCAGCAGCCAGCCGCAGGACUCUUAACUCUGGCUGCAGCUUGCCAGGUGAGGGGGAUGCUUCGGGAGUCAUUUUGUAUUGCAAUGCAGUGUUGCUGUCUGUAAAUUAGAACAUUUCUGAUACAAUGUGAGUGGAAUAUUUUAGAAGCUUUUUCAAAUUACUUGAAUUUUUUAAAAAGUCAGCUUUAUUCUGUUUACCCCUUCAUUUUCGUAUAGUAAGUUUUCUUUCUAAUUAAAUAUGUAUCUUGAAACUUUGUGAACUGACUCACUGUUAUUUGCACUUUGAGCUAUUGAAAUAAAUGGGAUUUUUGUGCGA